AUGAGAAAUCGCCUUUAUUCAUUUCUGAUUCGAUACCCUGCGCCCCUGGUAAUCUUGAUAAAGGAACCUGCUGUUUUAAUCCACGAUUUGAAGGAAUAUUUCACAGAGAGACAACAGUUUUUAACAACAAACUUGAAACAACUUCAACAGAAACAAGGCUGCAUUUCGACCAUAUUGGAAAGCGUGUUUGUAAUGAAUUCUCUACUCCGAGCACUGGUCCGAUCCGAGUUGUCAAUGAUUACCAGACGUCAUCAAUCUUUUGGUCAAGUAAAUCACAAUCAAAUUUGUUAUCUAUUCUCAUGCUUCCUUCUUCUACGUCUUUUUUCUCUCUGGUAUAUAAGCCAUCAUAAUACACACGCAAACAUACUCAUAGCUAUCUAUCUCAGUUUUUUCAUAUCUAUGUCUUUCUAUCUAUUUAUCACAUCUAUCUAUCUAUCUAUCUAUCUAUCUAUCUAUCUAUCUAUCUAUCGUCACAUUUAUCAGUUUUCAUCUAUCUAUCUAUCUAUCUAUUUCUAUCAUCUAUCUAUCAGUUUUUGUUCAGAUUGUUCAUAUCUAUCUAUCUAUUUCUAUCUAUCUCUCCGUCACAGUUUUUCAUUAUCUAUCUAUCUAUCUAUCUAUCUAUCUAUCUAUCUAUCUAUCUAUCUAUCUAUCUAUCUAUCUAUCUAUCUAUUUCAGUUUUCAUAUCUAUCUAUCUAUUUCUAUCUAUCUCUCCGUCAUCUAUCUAUCUAUUUCAGUUUGUUCUAUCUAUAUCUAUCUAUCUAUCAGUUUUUCACAUCUAUCUCCGUCACAUUGUUUUUUCAUUUCUAUCUAUUUAUCACAUCUAUCUAUCUAUCUAUCUAUCUAUCUAUCUAUCUAUCUAUCUAUCUAUCUAUCAGUUUUUCACAUCUAUCUAUCUAUUUCAGAUUGUUCAUAUCUAUCUAUCUAUUUCUAUCUAUCUCUCCGUCACAGUUUUUCAUAUCUAUCUAUCUAUCUAUCUAUCUAUCUAUCUAUCUAUCUAUCUAUCUAUCUAUCUUAAUUAAUAUCUAUCUAGCUAUCUAUUUCAAUUUGUUCAUGUCUAUCUAUUUCAUUUAUUCACAUCUAUCUAUCUAUCUAUCUAUUUCUAUCUCUCUAUCACAUUUUUUUCAUAUCUAUCUAUCUAUCUAG